GGAAGAAGCAAUUUCACUCAUAAUGACGCGAAACCGCGUGAUUUGCGCCGUGUAUGAGCAAAAGCCACCCUAGCCGGUGGCCGCUGCCCCGAGCCCACCUCUGAACUGGCGAAGCAUUCUUAUUUAAGGCCUCCAUGACACAUAGCUAGCUAGGUUCUGCUUCCCCUUCCACUGCCAUUUGUGAGGGAGCCCAGUUCUCUGCAUGCCCUUUUUCUUCUUUCCUAUUCUGCAAAAAGGCUUUUUCGGAUCUGGGCAUAUAGAGGCAUUUCUCCGCGCAGACCAUGCUGUCAAGAACGGGGUUAUGGUCUCUGUUUUUUGGCAUUUUGGCAUUCUUGGGUGUUUCUCUGGUGACGGCAGAUGACCCUUACAGAUACUACACAUGGACCGUGACCUAUGGCAUGAAGGCUCCUCUGGGUCUCAACCAACAGAUCAUCCUUAUCAAUGGCCAGUUUCCUGGUCCUCAACUUGAUGUGGUUACUAAUGACAACAUCAUCAUCAAUGUUAUCAAUAAGUUGGACCAACCUUUCCUCUUGACAUGGAAUGGCAUUAAGCAAAGGAAGAACUCAUGGCAAGAUGGGGUGUUGGGAACCAACUGCCCCAUUCCCCCAAAUUCAAACUUCACUUACAAGUUCCAAACUAAAGAUCAGAUUGGGAGCUACACUUAUUUCCCAUCAACUCAAUUGCACAAAUUUGCUGGAGGGUUUGGAGCACUCAAUAUAUAUGCAAGACAUCAAAUCCCAGUCCCAUAUCCAACCCCCACCGCAGAUUUUACUCUACUUAUUGGUGAUUGGUAUAGGACCAACCAUAAGAUAUUGCAUCGAUUGUUGGACUCAGGAAAAUCUCUUUUUUUCCCUGAUGGUGUCCUUAUAAAUGGCAAGAAUAAGAAUUCCUUCAGUGGCGAUCCAGGUAAAACCUACAUGUUCAGGAUCUCAAAUGUGGGCUUUUCAACCUCAUUUAACUUCCGGAUUCAGGGUCAUAAGAUGAAGCUGGUUGAGGUUGAAGGAUCUCAUGUAUUGCAGAACAUUUAUGACUCUCUUGAUGUGCACGUAGGCCAAUCUGUGGCUGUCUUAGUUACCUUGGAUCAGCCUCCAAAAGACUACUACAUUGUUGCAUCCACAUGCUUUACAAAGCGUGUUCUCAACGCAACUGCAGUAUUGCACUACACAAAUUCUCACACCCCAGUUUCUGGAUCCAUUCCGGCUGCUCCUGCUUAUCAUCUGCAUUGGUCUGUUAGACAAGCCAGAACCUUCAGGUGGAACCUCACAGCAAAUGCAGCAAGGCCCAACCCUCAGGGAUCAUUCCAUUACGGAAGGAUAAAAAUAACUAGGACAAUUGUGUUGGCUAACUCGGCACCUCUGAUAAAUGGGAAGCAACGUUUUGCCAUCAAUGGGGCCUCCUACAUUAGUCCUGACACCCCUCUAAAGCUUGCUGAUUAUUUCAGUAUCCCUGGAGUAUUCAACCCUAAUUCCAUGCAGGACAUGCCCACCAAUAAUCCUGCGCACCUAGCCACUUCUGUACUGCGUACCUCUCUCCAUGACUUCAUUGAAAUUGUUUUCCAAAAUAAUGAAAACUCCAUGCAAUCCAUGCAUCUUGAUGGUUAUGAUUUUUGGGUUGUUGGCUAUGAUAAAGGACAAUGGACACCAGCAAACAGAGGGAAAUAUAAUGUGAUUGAUGCUCUCACAAGACAUACCGCCCAGGUUUAUCCACAAUCCUGGACUGCUAUAUUGGUGUCCUUGGACAAUGAAGGUAUGUGGAAUGUGAGGUCUGCAAUGUGGGAAAGGCAGUAUCUGGGUCAGCAGUUAUAUAUGCGAGUCUACAGCCCAGAGCGCAGCCUUGCUAAUGAAUACGACCCUCCUUCGAACAUGCUUCUCUGUGGAAGAGCUGUGGGACGACACCCUUAAUGAUCUGUGUUUAAUUAUUUAUUAAGUAUUGUUCUUCUUCAGUCAUAUGAGAGCUUCUGCAAGAGACAUUAAGAUAGAACAAGGGAAGGCAAAAAAUUACAAAAAAGUUUUUGGUUUUUUUGUUUUUGUACAUCUGAAACCUUUGGAUCUAUUGGUUGACAAUCUGAAUGAUUUAUCUGAUUGCUUAAUUUAGUUAUUUGUGAAGAUCCUUCUCGAAGGUAUUGAAAAGUUUAUAUCAUGCAUUGUUCA